AUGGCGACUACCGCUGCGACUGCACAAGAUGAUGUUGACACUUCACAGGACAUUGCCGAGACGCGUAAGUUGCUGGAGCUGGCCGCGCAACGGUGUUCGGAGCUUCGAUCUGCAGUGGAGUCCGCAAAGGCCCAGCACGGUUAUUCACCUGAGAACGGAUCUGAGGUGAGAUGGUCGACUCCCUGUGUUCCAACACAGUACAUCUCGCCCGGAGGACCCAAUCUACGGGCUGUCCGAUUCUCCUCUGCCCCGCUGGCUGCGCCGCUAACCGCAUUGUCGCCAUCGCCCGUGCAGGUAAUUCCAGGAACUGAGAAGUAUUUCUGGCCGGGUAUAGCGCCUGCUGCGCAGCCUGUCAGCUGCCUCCAUCGGCCACCAGUCUCGCUCCAGCCGCAUGUUGCGCAGGCUUUCAGCACAUCACCCACGACAGCCCACAGACAAGUUCAUAUGUCUGCAACACCAACUUCGUUCAGUGCUUUGCUUCCUGGUGCCCACGUGUUCCGGUCGACCACCACCGUUGGGCAGAGAUCGGUGCAGCGAGUCGAUGCCGUGGGCGUCAGGCCAGCAGCCAAGCAGGCCGCAGAAGCAGCCGGACAAGAAACCAGCACCAGUGAACAGAUUCAGAGCGCUCCGACGGGUACAGUCAGGCCGACUCUUGACCUAAUGCUCUCCGGAACACGAUGUGCAAAGUGCCGAGUCUACCUGUACCAGGCGCCCUUUUCACCAGCGGUCCGCUAUGUUGAUGGGGAGGAGCUCUUCGCAGUGCCUGCUGGUUGGGCAGUUCUGCGCACUCGAGCAGGUCUUCUUCUUUGGCUGGAGCUCAGUGACGACACUCGUCUCUUGGAGGCUCUGAAGGCCGCGGAGAAACCGCAGGCUCCCGAAGGUCGUCAGGGGGCGACUGCAAGUCGGAGUUCCUCGAAGGAUCGUGUCCCGAGAGGGAGGAAGUCCAUGUCUCCAAGUGCCUCUCGGCGCUUGUUGCCACUUGCUUUCACUGUAUCACUCGUAGAGUUGCACAGCGAGGGGGCCUCGCACCAGUUGGCUGUGCGGUCUCGGGGUUGCUGCGCGAUAGACUCGCUGGUUUCUGUGCCGUGUGAGGACGUGAUGGUGCUUCAGCCACAGGGAGGCGGCGGAAGGGGAAUACGCGCCUCGCUGUCGAUGCUGUCCGAAGGCAUUGCAAAAACAUCCGUUGACGCAGCGUUCAAGGCGUGGCUGAGCUCAUGGAGCUCCCAGAUGUGA